UUAUUACAUUUCAUCUCCGUUUCUGUUCGCCUUUUCGUCUUCUUGUUAUUGCUCCUCUCGUCGAUUCGCCGGGAGAGCGCUUCCCUCCUGUGCGCUACGGACUCUUCGCCUCGUCCUUCUUGGGGGGUUUUCCAUCGAAGCUACGCAGCCGAUCGAUCGGUUCACCCACUUGGCUUUCCCGUCCUCGUUCCUUAUCCGGGCGAUCGGGUUAUAUAUGAUCGAAUGAUAGCAUGGGUUACAAGGAGGUUUACGCUUCUCUUCAAGAAAUCUUCCCGCAGGUUGAUUUCCGCAUACUGAAGGCUGUUGCUAUUGAACAUGCUAAUGAUGUUGACACUGCAGCUGAAUCUAUUCUCUUAGAAGUGUUGCCAUCUAUAACUGGAUCCUGUGAAGCAUCAUGUACCUUGCAAGAUAAAGAUGCAAUGAAGCAUCCCUCAUCCGCAGUUGGGAAGGAUAAACAGCCUAUGUUGUUUGGCCUACAAGAAGUGGAGGAAGGGAGAAGAUAUAAUUUAGGACAAGAGCCAGUUGCAUGUGAAACUACAGUUUCUAAUGGUUAUACAAGUUCUCAUGUGAUGUCAACAUGCAUUGGCGAAGCAGAUCCCAGAGACUUAGAGGUUGGAAUUGUGGAUUAUUCAAAGGGGUUGGAGUGUCCAACAUCACACUAUAAUUUUUUUAAGGAGCUGAACACAACUCAAACUGAUUUGGAGCCAAAUUUUAUGGAGAGGGGAAUUGAUCUAAUCUCCGAUAUAGAAAAUAUCUCAGUUCAUGGUAAGUCACAUGUGCAUGACGAGCUUGUGGAUUUUGCUCCUUGUAAUACGAGCAGUCAGGUUAACGUUGGCCUAGUAAGUCCUGGUUCAACACAUGAUGAUCGUCCUUUGGGGCAAAACGACGUGCAAUCAUUUAUUGGAGAAUCAGAAAAUGUAAUUAAUGAGUUGCAUGAUAGUGCUCAAAUAGAUUCAUCAGCAGUUGCUUCAGUUGUUGGCUGUGAUGUUCAGAAUGCUUCAGUGGAACCAUUUGAAAGGAAUUCUGAUGACUUGGGGAACAAGAUGAUAAUGAAGGAUGGGAGCUUCUCCAUAUAUGGUUCUGAGGAACAAUCAGGAUGGUCGUUUCAGCCUGCCAUUGCUCAGUGUGUCUAUGAGUUAGAAGCUAAUACUGUUUCAGCUGGUGCUAUAUCAGGUGAAGAUUUUAAAGAUUUUGGUGAAGCUGCGGGUUCUUGGGGGUGUGGCAUCAAUCAGGUUACAACCACUACUGCUGAAUGUGAAGAACUGCACUCUAAGUUGGUAGAUGAGAGUAUUGUCGAUUUAUCUUUUGAGAGAGGAAUUCUUUCUGCUAAUGAUGAUAAUCUGACUGCAACUCUGCUGGCCCGAUCAGGCCACUUUGUUAACAUUGAUUAUCUUGAAGAUCUUAUUUCUGAUGCUAAAAGCAACAAGAAAAAAAUGUUAUCUGCCAUGGAAUUGAUAACUGAGAGGAUGAAAGAGCUGGAACAUCUGAAGGAAAGAAACAAGAAGGCCCAAGAAGAAUCUUCCUGUGCUGGUCUAGAUACUCUUACCAAGGUGGAAGAACUCAAGAAGAUAUUAAAAGACACAAAGGAAGCAAAUGACAUGCAUGCUGGUGAGGUUUAUGGUGAGAAGGCUAUAUUGGCAACGGAAGCUCGAGAGCUCCAGUCCAGACUCCACAGUUUGUCAGAUGAAAGAGAGAAAUCGCUGUCGCUGAUUGAUGAGAUUCACCAAGCCCUUGAAGCACGCAUAGCUGCUGUGGAGGAGGAAAUUGUAGCAGCUGAACAAGAAAAGCUCAAGAAGGAAGAACUAGCUCGCAAGUCUCUUAGCGAACAAGAAGCCACUGUGGCUUCCAUAGUGGAAGAGUCAAAGAAGCUGCAAGAAGAAGCAGGAGCUAACUCCAAGUUGAGGGAGUUCUUGAUGGACCGUGGCAGCAUAGUUGAUGCACUCCAAGGCGAGAUUGCUAUCAUCUGCGAGGAUGUUAUGUCGCUAAAAGAAAGAGUUGAUGGCCGUGUACCGUUGGGUAGAUCUUUUUGUUCGAUGACUUCUAGCUUAGUGGCUUCAUCAAGCUCGUCCUACCCUUGUAGGACCAGACAUUCAUCAGAAGAGGUGCUUCAGCAUGAAGAUUUUACCAUGACGCCUGCAAUCACUGGGAAUGAGCAACACGAGGUACAGCAGCCUGAAAACCGCAACGACAUUCAUGGAGCAUCUGUGGAUGACGGCUGGGAGAUACUAAAAGGUGGAGUUUCGUGCUAGCUAGACUAGCGGGGAGUUACGAUUCAAGAGCUUGUAAACUAAUUAGUCUUUGUUCUUCAAGUUAGAUAGUGAAACGGCAGGCAGUGGUGCCACAGUUUCGUUUCGUUUCCUUUUUUUUUAAUUUUGUUCAUAUUUUGUGGAUGUCCUGUAAAAUUGUCAUCGUGGACUUGAAGCCAUUUCGUUGCUUCGUA